AUGCGAGUAAAGGAACUGGCCAAGCACUACAACCGUACAACGUCAACGAUCUGCACCAUCUUAAAGCAGAAGGAGUCCCUAAAGAAAAUUAAGCCAGCCAAAGGUGUCAAGAUUAUUUCAAAGCACCGUACAGAUGUGCAUGAGACGAUGGAGAAUCUGCUGUUGGUGUGGCUGAUGGAAAAACAACUUGCCGAAGAUAGCGUCACCGAGGGAAUAAUCUGCGAGAAGGCGCGCAGUAUUUCUUCAGAUUUACAGCAGCAAACCCCAGGUACUUCAGCGGAGGAGGAAUCCUUAAAAGCCAGUCGGGGCUGGUUUGAUAAUUUUAAGAAAAGGACAGGGAUUCACUCCGUUGUUAGGCAUGGUGAGGCAGCAAGUGCUGAUGUAAAGGCAGCAGAAGAGUUCGUGAAAACAUUCGCAGAAUUCGUCGAGGCAGAAGGAUACAUCCCCCAGCAAAUCUUCAACUGCGACGAAACAGGGCUCUUCUGGAAGAAGAUGCCGAGGAGAACAUACAUCACCGAAGAGGAGAAGAAGAUGCCAGGACACAAACCUAUGAAGGAUAGGUUGACCCUCGCCCUGUGUGCACAUGCGAGUGGCGACCUGCAAAAUAAAGCCUACUCGCAUACCCAUUCGGAGAACCCCAGAGCUUUAAAGCACACAAGAUAA